CCUGAUUCUGGUUCUGUCAGUUAUGGGUUGUUUAGUCUUGUAGAUUUAGAGUUUUCUGGUUCUGUGUAUUUGGAGUUGCCUAACAAUAUGAGUUUGGGGUUGUCUGUGCUUGCAAGUUUGAAGUUCUGGUUACAAGAUGUUUCACCUAGUGAUAUAAAUUUUGGAUCUCAAGAUGUUUCGCCUAGUGCCGUGAGUUCUGGAUUUGAUAUUUCAUUUGGUGCUAUAAGUUCUGUGUUUCAAGAUGUUUUACCUGGUUUUACGAGUUCUGAGUUUAAUGAUGUUUCACCUGGUACUAUAAGUUCUGGGUUUCAAGAUGUUUCGCUUGGUGCUGUAAGUUCUGAGUUUAAUGUUGUUUCGCCUGGUGCUAUAAGUUCUGGGCUCAAAGAUGUUUCGCUUAAUGCUAUGAGUUUCAGGCUUCAAGAUGUUUCGUCUGGUAUUGUGAGUUCUAAGUCUCAAGGUGUAUUGUCUGGUGUUGUGACUGAAAAUAAUGCUUCUAUUGGACCUCAUAACCAACAACCUUUAACUGAUCUGAAUUUAAACUGUAAUCUUGCUGAAGUUUCUAAUCCAGAAUAUCAUAAGCCUAGAUGUUAUCCUCCAAAAAGACUUAAGGCAUCAACUGAAGAAGCUACUAAACAAACUU